GCUUCUACAAGCAUCCUGAACGCCAUAGCAGUCUACUGCAUCUUUUACACGAAGAGGUCGGUGAUAUUGUCUACAUAAGAAAUACAAGUGCCAGCGAAGGAAUGAAGCAAUGCUUUGAGCUGACUAUCGAUGAAAUUAGAAAGAAUAAUAAAUACCUUAUAAUUCUGUAUCCUGUACAGGAAUUGCCAUAUCCCGAAAGUGAGUCGAAAAUAUUAUGCCCCAAUUGGAAACGUUUCUCCACUGCUUUUAUGAACACCUCAGAAGUGUUGGACUACAUGCGUUUGUUGUUUAGCAAAAAGGAUACAUCACCGGUACAAAAUGAAGGUUGGGUAUUUCAGGCGACACGCAGCAUGGAACAGUCAUUGAAUAACAAAAAACUGGAGACUGCCAAAGAGCGUGCUGGCAUUUUGAAUCCGAAAGUCACUAGCUGGCUAAAAGGUCCUUGGAGUUUAACUGCAAAUGUUGUAGCGCUCGAUUAUUUUAGCAAUACGAAUAUCAUCGAUGUCGCCAUUUAUGCUAACAUGCAUAAAGCUUUCAAUAUGGCUAAUAAGAACUUUGUGAAUUUUGAAAUUUUAAGUAAUUAGCGUAAGCAAUAAUUUUUUAGUUUAGUAAUUGUGUAAAUUAAAAUGAAUAUACUCGUACGUAUACAUAUGGCGCGCAUUGUUGCUACAAACAAUGACAUAACUUACAUAAUCCAUAAUGUUGAGAAAUAUCCAAUUAAAAAAAAAACAUUGCUUUAGUUGCUAAUGCCAAAUUCAGACUAGGCAUUUAAAUGACAAAAUUUACGAAAAAUUUAACUACCAAUAAAAAAUUACAUGUAAUGCCGAAUUUUCACCAGGCAUUGAAAUGACAAAAAAUGUAUGUCAUUUAAAAAAAUGCCAUGUGGAAAUGAACUUAAUGACUAUUUUUUUUAAUGUAAUGACACGAUUAUUUUUAAUGCCCGACUUUGUCGUUUGUCAUUUUUUGCCCUUUAAUGCCUAGUGGAAGUCCAGCAAAAUGGCACUCGGUUUUUCAAUGCCCAAAUGUAUCAUUAACAUUGUGUGUCACUUUAUGCCCAGUGAACAUCCGGUAUAAGUAUAUAAUAAAGGGUGUAUUUUUAAGAGGUAAAGAAAUUUAAAUUUAAAUAAAAAAGAGAGUAUAUAUUUUGAA